GAGCGGUUAGUAAUGCAUCUAGUAUUGUGGGCCAAACUCUGUUAUUCUGCCACGUAGCAGGGCAGAACUGGCACUGCCAGGCAGAACUCAGAACUGGGAGGAUGUACUAAAUAGUAUACAGCAUCAGUUCAGUGUAUGAUAGUGUGAUUUGAGGUACUUUAAACUCUCUACAGUGGCUACUAAGUCUGGAGGUUGGCCACACUCGCAUGUCAAGGACUGCAAUCUCUCUGUCAGCAUACUCAAGACACUCGGCAAGGUUCGCGCUAACCUUCGCUGUCAUGUCCGCCUUUAAGAAUAUUGCUGACGGCAAGCCAACACGACGCCACCAUGCUCACAUGCGUACGACCAAACUUCCAGGCAUCAAUACAGAGGUUGCCAAGCAACUCGAAACUUACUUUUCACUUGUUCCUCCACUUGCAGCAGUCUCCAGUGACAAUCUCAAAGGUCCCGAAUCAAUUUCACUUGGUGAUAUUGAUCAUGAUGCUGAGUUUGCUUGACUUGAAGGUAUUCGUAAUGCAGAAAAAAUGAUGGACAGAUUUUGCCUCGGACUAGGAUGUGGAUGGGAAGGAGGUUUUAGAAGGGAGAUCAUUCGACUUCGCAGAACUGCAGAUGAGGGAUUAGUAGUAGUGCCUGCAGCGACAGAGGAUAGAUCAUAAUGCAAACGAAGAUGGGACUUGGAACAUUGAUUCCAUGUUGCUAUCGAGUGGUCUUACAUCCGUGUAGUUAGAAAAUGGGCGAACCCGGGUGGCACCCGUACCCAAUCCGCUGGUAGAUGGAACUUUGACGGCCUACUACCCGCACCCUUACGCGGGUCAGAGUAUCACGGGUGCGGGUGGAU